CUCUCGCGACCCACAAGUUCGCGCCUUCUCCAUACUCCACCCGAUUCCUUCGUUUCCACUCACGUCGGUCCCAGCCGUCUAGGCGUACACUCAUUUCCGACGACAAUCGCUUCAAUAUGUUAUGACGUUUACAUGCUUUGAGAUACCCCCAAUAGUCUAUUCACGUUACACACACGCUACGCGCUUUUGAUAUAUAGUUAUGAAUGCUCCAGUAAUAUCACGGAAGCCGCUUCCAGAGGCAGCCCAGGCGCACUUGAAGGACCCGUCCAAUUCCACUACUACAGUCGGGUCGAAAUGGGAACUACCUUUACCGCCAGGUCAACAAACGAAAGAUGCGAUUAGGGUCACCGCUCCACGCGAAGUGACCGCACCUGACGAUAAGUCACUUCACAAUGGAAGGCGGUAUGGCUUCACCUGUGGUAUUUUUCCUGGUACAAAGACCAGUCCUUUUGCUUCGACACUCUCUCGUCACUACAACAACUUCCUGCCACCACACAAAAGAUACUUCAACAACCACAUCAACCGCCGUACACUACUCAUCAUGAUCGGCAUCACUUUUGUCUCCCUUCUGGCUCUCAUCAUCGGUCUCGCAGCAGGCUUGGUUAUCCCCUCCGGCAACAAUGCCGUGUCUCCAGCCGUCGGACCCCUAGUUCAAGGUCAGUUGACGUUCUACAACCCGGCGAUGGGCGCUUGCGGUCAUGUGAACGGCGACAAUGACGCUGUCAUGGCUGUUUCCCACGGGCGCUGGGACGAGAAGGGAACUCCCAACCCCAACAACAACCCGCUUUGUGGUAGGCAGGUUCGAGCUCACCGCGUGGACGAGCGCACUGGCAAGGAUGCCAGCAUCGUUGUCACCAUUGUCGACAAGUGCAUGGGAUGUGCUUACGACGACAUCGAUGUCAGCCCUGCCAUGUUCAACAAGUUGGCUGAUAAAGGCAAGGGCAGGGUCAACGUGGAGUGGUCCUGGGUCUGAGCAUUGUCACUUGGCUCCCGUUACACAGUCAUGACUCAGGGUUGGGUCGACUGUGACACAUUACGGCAUUUCCUAUUACUCACACACUGGUGUGGCAUAUAUAUGCUUUCCAAUUCUACUGAUGAUAUACUCU